GACCCGGUGUCUCAGAGCCCGGCCGAGUGUCCACCUCUCCCCAGCCUUCCCGGCCCCGCGUCCCUCCGGCCGCUGCCGCCGAGCCGCUGCCUAGAGCCCCAACCUCGCCAUCAUGAGGGUCCUACUGGCGUGCCUGCUCCUCUGCGCCCUUGUCGUGAGCGGCUCCGAAGGCAGCCACGGACUGCAUCCAGCAUCUGGUGCAUUGAACUGUGGCUGUCUGAAUGGAGGAACAUGUGUGUCCUACAAGUACUUCUCCAACAUUCAACGAUGCAACUGCCCAAAGAAAUUCCAAGGGGAACACUGUGAGAUAGAUGCAUCAAAAACCUGCUAUCAGGGGAAUGGUCACUCUUACCGAGGGAAGGCCAAUGUCGACAUCAUGGGCCGGCCCUGCCUGAACUGGAACUCCUCCCCUGUCCUGAAGAAGAAGUACAAUGCCAGCAUGCCUGACGCCAUUCACCUGGGCCUCGGGAAACACAAUUACUGCAGGAACCCUGACAAUCAGAGGAAGCCCUGGUGCUAUGUGCAGGUUGGCCUAAAACAGCUCAUCCAAGAGUGUAUGGUGGAUGACUGCUCUCCUGGAAAAAGACCCUCCCUUCCUCCAGGAAAACCAGACUUUCAGUGUGGCCAGAAGGCUCUAAAGCCCCGCUUUAAGAUUAUUGGGGGAGAGUUCAUCACCAUCGAGAACCAGCCCUGGUUUGCAGCCAUCUAUAGGAGGCACCGGGGAGGCUCGGUUACCUACGUGUGUGGCGGCAGCCUCAUCGGUCCUUGCUGGGUCGUCAGUGCCACACACUGCUUCAUUAAUCACCAAAAGAAGGAGGACUACAUUGUCUACUUGGGUCGGUCAAUGCUUAAUUCCAACACGCCUGGGGAGAUGAAGUUUGAGGUGGAAGAGCUGAUCUUACAUGAGAACUACAGUGCUGAGACACUUGCUCAUCACAAUGAUAUUGCUUUACUGAAGAUCCGUUCCAACAUGGGCCAGUGUGCACAGCCAUCCCGGUCCAUACAGACUGUCUGCCUGCCCAUGCCAUAUAAUGAUGUUCAUUUUGGUGCAAGCUGUGAGAUCACUGGCUUCGGUAGAGAGAAUCCCACGGACUAUUUAUACCCAGAGAAGCUGAAAAUGACUGUUGUAGAGCUGAUUUCCUACCAGGAGUGUCAGCAGCCCCACUACUAUGGCUCUGAAGUCACCACCAAAAUGCUGUGCGCUGCUGACCCACAGUGGAAAACGGAUUCCUGCAAGGGAGACUCAGGCGGACCCCUGGUCUGCUCCAGUCAAGGCCGCCAUACUCUGACCGGCAUUGUGAGCUGGGGCGAAGGAUGUGCCUUGAAGAACAAACCGGGCGUCUACACAAGGGUCUCACAAUUCCUGCCCUGGAUCCACGCUCACACUGGGGAAGAGGAGAACAGCCUAGGCCUUUGAGGGCCAUUAGGGAGCCUGGGAGGAAAUGGGUACCACCUACUCCCACUCUGACUGUCAUUUUUGCAGUGGGGCCAUCUCCACCAGAUACAAGGAAGAGUCUGGAGGAAGAUAGGCUCUGCAGAGAUGUUUGUUGCUUGUGCUGCCCACCAGGGUGAGCGACAAUAGCUUUACCCUCAGAUAUGGGCCUGGGUGUUGGCCGCCCAGACCCCCCUGGCUGGCCAGGGUGGGAGGGUCGUCCCAACUGAGGAGAAUAUUGUUCAGUAGUUUGUCUUUUUCCAGACUAAAACUUCCUGGAGUUAAAAAUGGCAUCUCCUGUGCAUGGUCAGAAGGAGAGAUGGCUCCUCUGACCAUGGGCAUUCAUGAGGCACCCUGUUGGGAAAUGAACAGUUUCCCAAUUAGGAAGUGUAGCAGAGCUGAGGUCUCUUGAGGGAGGUUGACCAAUGUGGGAACAGAGGUCUGGGGAGUAGAGGCACUACUGAAUCGAGGGAAGGGCCCUGGCAUUCUAUGAAUGUCUCAGGAAAUAUUAUAUAUGUGUGUGUAUGUUUGAGCACUUGUGCAUGGGCUGUAAGUGUCGGCCUGAGUGAGUAGUAGCUGAUGUGUUUCUGUGUCUGGCUGCAAGUCUAGCUAUUUCCCUAAACUGUGUGGACUGUCUGGAGAGGUUGUGGUCACUCCCAGGCCUCUUAAGUCUCCCAUGUGAUGAUGCCUGGGAAUCUAUCAGACCGGGGCAUGGCCUGUGACCAGCGCUAAUAUCUCAGUUUCACUUUCACAUAGAUGUCCCUUUUCCCUUCUGACCUUCCAGCCCAGUUCAUCCAAUCCUCACUGGGUGGGGUGAGGACCACUCCUGUACACUGAAUAUUUAAUAAUUAUAUUCUGCUAUUUUUAUUUAUAUCUAUUUUUAUAAUUUUGAAUAAAGAUCAAUAAAAUGUGAUUUUUCUGAA